AUGAUGACGCCGUCGCCUCCCGCCAACGCCCAUACCCGGAGGCUUCAACCCCACCACAUCCAGGUGUCACAUCACCAAUACCACAACUACCACAGAACGGCACCGCUGGACGGCUCGCUGUUCGCGUCGCUGGAAGAUCUGUUGCGGCUGCCGCCGGCGGCAUACUCGUCGCCCGACUUGCCCCAGUACUCUGUUGACGACUACUACGAUGACGACACCUUAUCCGAGCUUCCGGAUGAUGGCGCUGCCGGCUCGAUCAAAGCUAAACCCGCCACACCGCCGAUUAAGCGAGCUAAGCGGAUGUUUUCGUGGUUAUUCCCCAAAAAGGUCCCCCCGAUCACCAGAGAAGAAGACCGCACCGAGUACCCGUGGCACAAGACCAACGUGUUCAUGCAGGCAGGGUUCUGGUGGGUGUUCCCCAUCUUGUACAAAGGCUACCAGCGCACCUUAGUGCCGCUGGACUUGUGGCUUCUCCCGAGGAAAAUGACGGUGCAAGAAAUGUACCAAAAAUUCGAGUACGAGCUCAAUAAGUUGUUGGAGAAACAGGAAAAGGACCACUUGAAGAAAUACCCAGACUUGCUGAACUUUAAGUGGGCGCCGUGGACGGUGAUCUGGGCGGUGUUCUUGACGUUCAAAUGGCAAUACACCAUGCUGUGCGUGUGGUUGCUGCUUUGUUUCGCCUGUCAAACGCUCUCUCCCUUGAUUACCAAGGAGUUGAUUGCCUUCGUCCAGUACCGAGCUUUCGGGGUCUACCACACCAACAACCGGGGUAUCGGUCUCACCUUUGGCGUGGUGUUGAUGGUGCUUUUUAAUGGGGUGGCGCUCAACCACUUCUUCCACGACGCCAUGAUGACGGGUGCCAUGACCAAAGCCGUGCUCACUAAAGCGGUGUUGCUCAAGCUGUUCAAGUUGCUGGCGAAGUCCCGCUACAUGUUCCCUCGCGGGCGGAUCACGUCAUUGAUGGCGACCGACUUGGCCAAGAUCGAUCUUGCCCUUGGCUUCCAACCAUUCCUCAUCUGUUUCCCCGUGUGUAUUUGCAUUCUGAUCAUCAUUCUCGUCAUCUACAUUGGCGUCCCCGCCCUCGUCGGUCUCGGUCUUUUCCUCGCGUCCCUCGUCCUCUGCGUGUUGUUAGCGGGGUUCCUUUACACUUUCCGUCGUCGGGCCGUCAUCCACACCGACGAGCGGAUCAACUUGAUCCGGGAAGUGGUGACAAACAUCAAGAUCAUCAAGUUUUACGCGUGGGAAAUGGCCUACAAACACAUGUUGACCGAAACGAGAAACAGAGAGAUGAAGGAAGUGUUCAAGAUUAAGCUGUUGCGUAACGUCAUCGCCGCCUACGCCGUCAGUUUGCCGUCAUUGACGUCGAUGUUGCUGUUCGUGGUCAUGUGGCGCACCAACCGGAUGAAGGCCCCCGCCUACACGUUCUCGGCGUUGCUGUUGUUCACCAUCCUUGCCCAGGCAAUCUUGAUGGUGCCCUACGCCCUUGCCACCGGCGCCGAUGCCCUCAUUGGCUUCAAGCGGUGCACUGACUACCUCCUGGCUGAGGAAGGCGAGUACCAGCAGAAGCGCAUCAACGAAAAGCUGGUGGCCCCCGGCGACCCCAUCAUCGUCAUUCGCAACGCCAACUUCAUCUGGGAACAAUUCCACGACGACUUGAACAACAACUUGUGGGCGAAAAAAGACACUUUAGAAGGGUACAAGGAACUCCAACGCCUCGAGCGUGAACGCCGCAAGUUUGAGCGCCGCCAACACCGCAUGCUUGAACGCCAACGUCGCCAGCGUCGCAACAUCUACGGGGAGAAAGAGUACGCCAUCGAGGGAUCGGUGGAGUCGUUGGGGCUGUCGGGGCUGGACCGCGAGAGCAAUUUCCCCGGGUUGUUGGACUUGAACUUGGUGAUCGACAAGGGUGAGUUCAUCAUGGUGUGUGGGCUGAUUGGUCUGGGUAAGCUGUCGCUUCUUAACGCCCUCGCGGGGCUGAUGAAGUUGGAAAACCCGCUGACGGCUGACUAUGAAGUCAAGGCUAACACUAUCUUCUGCCUGGAGCCGUGGAUCCAAAACUCCACCAUCCGUGACAACAUCCUCUUCGGCGCUCCUUAUGACGAAGACUUGUACAAGGAAGUGAUCUUUGCCUGUGCCCUCGAAGAAGAUAUCUUGAUGAUGCCUGGUGGUGACCGUACCGAAAUCGGUGAACGGGGUGUCACCCUCUCUGGUGGUCAAAAGGCCCGGGUGGCCUUGGCUCGUGCCUGCUACGCCCAAGCCCCCAUCCUCUUGUUCGACGAUGUCCUUUCCGCUGUUGACUCCCGUGUCGCUAAACACAUCAUUACUUAUUUAUUUCAGGGGCUAUUGGUCAACAAGACCGUGGUGCUCGCUACCCACCAGUUACUGGUGCUUGAAGCUGCUGACCGUGUCGUGUUCCUCAACGGUGACGGGCUGAUUGACGUCGGCACUCCUGACCGCCUUUUGCUGCUGAACCCUGGGUUCCGGACCUUGGUCGAAAACAAUGUCGACCAGGAAAUCCGUGAGCUGUGGACCGCCGGCAACACUGGUGGCCAGGUGCUGCGUUUGCUGCACAUCGACGUCAACGAAUUCCGUGAAGAGUUGCCGGUGGACAACCUGGCGGCCAUCGCCCGCGUGUUGUCAGACGACAACCGUAACAUGAUCGGUAAGCUGAUGCGUGAGGAAGAAAAAGCUGUCAAUGCCAUUGGCUGGAACAUUUACAAGGAGUACUUGCGUCUUGGGCUGGGUAAGUUCAAGUGGAUCGCGGUGCCCUUAUUCGUGUGGUUGGUCAUGUUGGCGACAUUCUUCCAAAUCUUCACCAACACCUGGUUGUCAUUCUGGACCGAGAAACGCUACCCCACCAUGCUGGAUAACGUGUACGUGCUGUUGUACAUUAUGUUUGCCUUCUUGACGUUAAUCUUCAACGCCGCUGAGUUCAUGAUGUUGACCUACAUCGAAAACAAUGCCGCCCAAUACCUCAACAUUAAUGCCAUGCGCCGCAUCUUGCACGCUCCCAUGAGCUACAUGGACUCCACUCCGGUGGGGCGGAUCAUGAACCGGUUCACUAAGGACACUGACUCAUUGGAUAACGAAUUGGGGGAACAAGCUCAGUAUUGUAUCUUCCCGUUGGCGCUGAUGAUCGGUACCAUCAUCUUGUGUAUCUGUUACUUGCCGUGGUUUGCCAUCGCCGUCCCCUUCUUGGUAUUUGUCUUCCUCUUGAUGGCCAACUUCUACCAGGGGGCCUCUCGUGAAGUAAAGCGGUUGGAAGCCAUCCAACGGUCGAUGGUGUUCAACAACUUCAACGAAACGUUGACGGGGAUGCAGACCAUCCAGCUGUACCACCAGGAAGCGACAUUCAUUGCUCGCAACGACAAGUUUAUUAACAAUCAGAACGAGGCAUACUACGUCACCAUUCUGACCCAAAGAUGGUUGGCUAUCAACCUCGAUCUCUUGGGGGCAUCGUUCGCUUUGGUCAUCUGUAUGUUGUGUGUCAACCAAGUGUUCCACCUCCUGCCGUCGCUGGUGGGUUUGUUGAUGCUGUAUGUGGUGCAAAUCGUCGGUCUCUUGUCGAUGACGGUGAGAGCGAUGACUCAGGUGGAAAACGAAAUGAAUGCCACCGAACGUUUACACCACUAUGCGUUCUCGUUGCCUCAAGAAGCUGAGUACUUUGGUACAGUGACCCCGCCUCACAACUGGCCGCCUCUGGGUUACAUCUCCUUCACCAACGUCGCCUUGCGUUACCGUCCCGACCUUCCUCGCGUGCUUGACGACUUCAACCUUAGAGUGUACCCUGGCGAAAAAGUCGGUAUCUGUGGUCGGACUGGUGCCGGUAAGUCGUCGAUUAUGAACGCAUUGUACCGUCUCACAGAACUUGAAGACGGUCUGAUUACUAUCGACGGGCUCAACAUCGCUGACAUCGGGCUCUUUGACUUACGUCUGCGGUUGCUGAUUAUUCCCCAAGACCCCGUGUUGUUCCAGGGUACUGUCCGCAAAAACUUGGACCCCUUCAACCAGUACAACGACGAAGUCUUGUGGGACGCAUUGCGUCGUCUGGGUCUCUUGGACGAAGCUACCAUGAUUCGCAUCCGCAACUCCAAGUACGACCCCGACUCUUACGGCUACGAAGACUUGCACCGUUUCCACUUGGACCAAAUGGUUGACGACGAGGGCUCCAACUACUCGUUGGGCGAAAAACAAUUGCUUGCCCUUGCUCGUGCCUUGGUCCGUAACUCCAAGAUUCUUAUCUUGGACGAAGCGACGCUGAGUGUUGACUUUGACACCGAUCAACGCAUUCAAGAAACCAUUGCCACCGAGUUCAAGCACUGCACCAUCUUGUGUAUUGCUCACCGGUUGAAAACCAUUCUUCACUACGACCGCAUCUUCGUCAUGGACCACGGGAACGUCGCUGAGAAGGGUACCCCCUGGGGGUUAUACAACAAGGGAGGCAACUUCCGCGCCAUGUGUGACAAGGCCAAGAUUGCCCCUGAAGAUUUUGCAUAA